AAAAAAUAAUCGUUCGGACCGUGAACUUACUAUUUCGACCCCGUCAUUGAAUGUGCACGUUCUUUAUUUCCAGCUAUUUCACGGUUAAGCGGGAAAACGUGUCUCUUGUCUUUUUUAGACAAUAUUUGCUGUUAAUAUACAAGAAACAUGGCUAACAGGAAUGGGACAAGCAGCGAUCAAGAAAUGGCUGAAGACAGAAGAGAUGAAGACGAACCAAUGGAUCAGUCAACUUCAGAUGUUCCUGAACAGAUGAUAACUGGUGAUGGCUCAAUGGAUGUCUCUAGUGGCCCUCCAUCAGAAGAACAUCAAAAAUUAUUGGAAUAUGGAUUAAGUGAAAAAGUUGUGAGAAAAUUAGAGGAAAUAUUCAAAACUGGGAAACUUAUAUAUUCAGAUUUGGAUGAAAGGGCAUUGGAUGCUUUGAAAGAAUUUCCUGUUGAUGGAGCAUUGGUGGUUCUGAAUCAGUUUUUAGAAAGCAGCUUAGAACAUGUUUCGAACAAAAGUGCUUAUUUGUGUGGAGUUAUGAAAACAUAUCGCCAGAAAAGUAAAAUUCCAGGUGGCAGUUCGGGUACAGCCUCGGGGAAAGGUCCAAAUGAAGAAAAAAUUAAAGCAAUUUUAGAAAGAACAGGUUAUACUUUAGAUGUGACUACAGGUCAGAGGAAAUAUGGUGGCCCUCCGCCCGAUUGGGAAGGUUCUCCUCCUUCUAGUGGUUGUGAGAUAUUUGUGGGGAAAAUACCAAAAGAUAUGUUUGAAGAUGAGUUAAUUCCAUUAUUUGAAAAAUGUGGAAAGAUCUGGGAUUUAAGACUUAUGAUGGAUCCACUUACUGGACAGAAUCGUGGUUAUGCUUUUAUUACAUAUUGUGAAAGACAAGGAGCACAAGCAGCAACUAGACAACUGGAUAAUUAUGAAAUCAAAAAGGGCAAGACACUGAAAGUCAAUGUAUCAGUACCAAACCUUCGGCUUUUUGUUGGUAACAUCCCAAAGAGCAAGAGCAAAGAGGAGAUCUUUGAAGAAUUUGGUAAAUUAACAGCUGGUUUGACUGAAGUAAUUAUCUACAGUUCACCUGAUGACAGAAAAAAGAAUAGAGGAUUUUGUUUCUUAGAAUAUGAAUCUCAUAAAGCUGCUUCACUAGCUAAACGUCGUUUAGGUACGGGAAGGAUUAAAGUGUGGGGGUGUGAUAUUAUUGUUGAUUGGGCAGAUCCACAAGAAGAACCUGACUCUGAAACAAUGUCAAAGGUGAAGGUUCUAUAUGCUCGGAACUUAACAGGUGAUAUUACAGAAGCUAAAUUGAAAGAAAUGUUUGAAGCUUUUGGCAAAGUUGAAAGAGUUAAAAAAAUUAAAGACUAUGCAUUUGUUCACUUUGAGGAGAGAGACCAUGCUGUUAAAGCUAUGGAUGAUUUAAAUGGUAAAGAAAUUGGAGGUUCUAUAAUUGAAGUAUCUUUAGCUAAACCACCAUCUGAUAAAAAGAAGAAAGAGGAAAUUCUUAGAAAUCGGGAAAGAAGAAUGAUGCAAACAAUGCAACAGAGAGCAGCCAUGAUGGGUAUGCCGCCACCUUCUCCACGAGGUCGAGGAAGUAGAAUGCCACCACCUUUAAUGAGAAGCUAUGAUUAUGACUACGACUAUGACUACUAUGGCUAUGGAGACUAUCAGGGAGGUUAUGCAGAUCCCUACUAUGAGGAUUAUUAUGGUCACUAUGAUGACUACUAUGACUAUGACUAUGCGCCAGCACCAAGGGCCCCUACCCGUGGAACACCAGAGAGGGGCCGUGGGGGGCGUGGUGUCCGUGGUACGACAACCCGUGGUCCUUCCAGUGGACCUCUCCUUCCCCGUGGCAGGGCAUCGGCCCCUCCUCCUCUUUCCCGAGGGCGCGGCACCCGCGGGGGCAGUCGUGGAGGGGGAGCCCCGGCUCCAUCACCCAAUCGCGGGGGUGGACGAAGGGGAAAUCUGGCCGGUAAACGUAAAUUUGAUGGGGGCCACCAGAACCAAGGGGACUCUAAGCGUCGGUUUCAAACCAAGAGGGCUGCCACGGGUGGCUCCUGGGGUAGCCAACCGAUCCCUCAGCAACCGCUGGACUCCUCCGGCUACAAUAGCUACAGGGGUGGACAUAUAGGAGGCGAAGACCAGUGGUAUCAGGAUUCCUACGGCCAGCAGUGGGGUUGAAUAGUUCUUCCACAUCAAUAUCCUAUUACUUGGGAGAAAGCCACUGCUGCUACUAUCUUAUUGACUGGGUCACAGUUGGUUCUACAAUUUUCUGAUAAAUAGCCCACUUGUAAUUGUAUGUUCUUAAAUUGUGUAUUAAUUCCUAGUACCUUGCUGGGAAAGGGUGUGAGUGGGCAGAUAGCUUAUAACCAAUUUGAUCAACAAUCUUCUUCAUCCAAACUUCCCAACCUUAGCUUGUCUGUUACCUUUAACAAGUAGCAGUCGGUCAGUACUGCAUGUUUUGUGAGCAAAUGUGACAUUCCAUGAACUGCUUGCAUAAAUUUUUACCAACGUAUGUGUUUGUGUUUUACUCAUGAUGUGAAGUUCCAGGGCUGUUUACUGGAAAAUACAGUGUAUGAAGAGAAAACAAGACAGUGGUGGUUUACGUCUCCCUUAUCUAUAAGAAAUAAUGUAAUUGACUGCUCUGUGCUGGAAUAGAAUGGAGUUUCUUUUUUGACGGAUCAUUUGAAGUAGAAGUAGGUUUAUUGGCCUUCCAUGGUGGGUUGAAUCCCACGUGCACACAUGUCAGCAUGGAGUAUAUAUACUGGGUGACGUUGCCACUGCCACAUAUUUGUGGUAUGGGGGUUAGUUUAGCAUUUGUCCCAGUCAUUGUGUAGUUAUUAGCAUCUUCGUCAACACGGCAAACAUUUAUUGCACUCCCUGCUGAGUGGCAACUGGUUGGAACCUUCCAAGAUUUUAAUUUUUGAUUCAGGACCGUUUUGGCUCUUACUUUUAAAAUAUCAAGGAAAUAAUUGGUCCCAUUAAUUUUGAUUUCUAUAAAGUAGCCAAAUCCGGAGGAGAAUUUGUAACAAAAAAAUCAAGUUUUACACUGUUACUGUACUGAAAGUGUUCGAUUCUUGGUUUACUCUUUCAUUCUCAAGCAGCUGCCAGUCCAAUUCUGUGUAAGAUUUAGAUAUAUUCAUUAUGUCAUGUAAUUUGCUUGAUUGGGAAAAGGAGUGUGGCGUGUAUUUUUGAUUUGAAGUAAUUAUUGUGACACUAUCUGGUUUGUAUAACUUUGUCAAGUUUCUGUACACAUUAUGAGGCAUUGGUAGGCUGCUUGUUCAAGUCCCCUGAGUGGUGGCACGACUCCAGUUCAUAAGUAAGGUGUAACCUGCCAAUACUAUUAUCUUAAAUAAAAGUCGUGUUUUUAGCAUUU